AUGGCGAUGCGCAUUCGCGAUCAAUUUCGGCGAGUCGACGAAAAGCGGCUGGAGGAAGCUGUUCUGGAGCUCCUUUUUGUCCUUCCCGAAGGCCUGGAAGAGGCGAAAUCAAAAACAUCCAACCCUAAUGAGGUCAGCAGGAUUUCUAAAACCCAUAAGGUUAUCCUUCGUAAGCGGCUUUCCAACCUCCAGCCGCGUGAUUUAGCGCGGAUGCUUUCUCUUUUAUUCCAAACCCUCCGACGGUCUUCCUUCGGGGCGGCAAAAUCCCAACCAUCGAUUUCCGAUGCCCACGUUUUAUCCGACGGCGCUACUUUAGGCGCUCAACCCCACUUCAAAGAAGUCGAUCGGUUUCAUGGGACCAAUAAUCUUGAAAAGGGCGGUUGGAAGAUCGACACGAAAAUGUUCGAACAUAUUUUACUUUUUUUCGAGGUUUUGAUGGAUUUGCUCCCGAGUAUUCCAAGUUCUGAUGUCGUUCACAUCAUGGAGGAGGUUUUACCGGUCUGGAGUUGUUUGGAAGAAGAGCAAGAAAGAAAAGACAAGACGCUUCACUUGAAGGAGGAAAAUCUAUCCAUCCUGCGAUACGAACUCCGCCGCUUUCUUUCUAUGAUUCCAGCCAUCGCCUCAGAGUGCCUUCAUCGAUUUACUUUUUCGGAAUUACUUGAUACCUUUACCCGACUCCAUACCCCCUGCAGGGGCAAAUUUUCAAACGCCGAAGAAAAAGGAAUGAAUAAAACUAUAUUUUUUGAGGAAUCGUUUGUUUCCACCGCCGCUGCUCGCAAAUUAAAAAUCGCACUGACGCCAGAUCAUUACGUAGAAGCGCAGGUGAUAUUUCAAGAACAUCUUCAGCGUCUGGUUUCGAGUAAAAACUGGGAUAAAUUAUAUGAAGAAUGGAUGUGUUUGUUAUCAAUAUCCAUUAGUGACUCAAAGAAUCUAACGCUUGCAGAUUAUAAAGAGAAUUCAUUUGAUACUAAAAGAAAUCCGAAUAAAAUGCGUUUCUUAAAAAAUCUCACCGAUAUAUUCGCCUUUAUCGAAAUAACAGGGAAAUAA